UUUGACAGCUCUGCAUUUUUGACAUUAUCAUUCUGCUCCGUUGCUAUUUCGUGUUGAUCAAAAAUAUAAGUGGCGUGUUUUAUUUAGAAGAAUUUAAUUUUAUAUUGACGCUACCAUACUAAUAGUAGGCCUAAUGGCUUUUCCAGCAUUAAGCGCACAACAAGAAACUACACAACGAAAAGUCCUGGAAGACGUUAGAAAACAACUUAUUCAUAAAGGAGUACCACCAGUAACAGGAUUAGGCACAGGCUUAACUCCACCCGUUAGCCAAGUGCCUACAACGCAAAUAAUUGGAACAUUACCUGAUUUCGGACCUGGCACCAGUGCCGCAACAACACCACGCUCAAUUUUUAAUCCAAAUAGCGCAUCUACUUUAGGGUUUUUUAUACCUCAAGAUAGUUUUUUCGGUAACAACUUUAUACCAGUGUUACCUCGGCUAGAGCCUUCGUCACCAAAUCAAACGCCUAAGUAAUUUCUUUUAAUAUAUAUCACAAUUACUGACACAAUGGCACGAAUUAAACUAAAAAAACUUGAGGAAUAUUUACAAGGUGUUGAUGGCUUUGAACAACCUAAAGUUAAGUUAGAGCAAUAUCCUACACCACCGCAUAUUGCCAGUUGUGUUUUAUAUAAUAUACAAGCACAGUAUGACGAUAUUGAUGGUAAAUUAGUUGGCGAUUUAGGAUGCGGUUGUGGUAUGUUAAGUGUUGGUUCAUUUUUACUUGGUGCUCAACUAACUAUAGGUUUUGAAAUUGAUACUGAUGCUAUAGAGGUAUUUCGUUCUAAUAUAAAUGAAAUGGAAUUGUCAUCUAUUGAUUGUAUACAAACUGAUGUGUUAAAUCUAGCAAAUACUAAGUGGACAAAUUCAUUUGAUACUAUAGUAACAAAUCCUCCAUUUGGAACCAAAAACAAUGCUGGUAUAGAUAUGCGAUUUGUAGAAAAUGGUAUAAAAUUGGCUACAAAUGCAGUUUAUUCUUUACAUAAAACUGCGACGAGAGAAUAUAUUAAAAAGAAGUGCAAAGAAUGGAACGUUGUUGGGGAAGUUGUCGCAAAACUUAAUUAUAAUAUUGACGCAUCAUAUAAGUUUCACAAAAAUAAAUCAGUCGACAUUGAAGUAGAUUUUUGGAGGUUUGACGUAACGGAAAAAAAUAUUUAAUUAUUUUCAUGCAUGUAGGCUAAUUAAUUUUAAAAUAAAUUUUAUAAUGAAUUAAUUAUAUAUUUUAUUAUAAAUGUUAUAAAUUUAUAAAAUAAGAUGAGUAUAUUUCACAAUUAGCUAUCAUAUUAUAUUUUAUUUGAUAUCAAUGAAUGGGUACUAUAAAUAGUCAGAGAAAUGUAAAAAUGAUUGUUUGUUCGUAUUAUUAACAUAAAUGAGUUUAGAGCUAUUUAACUUCUAAUUUUUAUAACUUUGAUUUCUUUGUAUGAACUCUUAAACUCUUUUUGAAUUCUUUAUUUUUGAAUGUUGGUUUCUGCAUUCAUAUGGAGGACUUUCAAAUACUCAUAUAUCAUUUGUAGUGAUGUUUAUGGUUCCGUUAUAUGACAAACCACGAAAUAUCACACAACAUAUUUAAAAUUUUGUUUAUAAUAAAUAAAUAUUUAAUUUUUAAGCCCUAAUUUUUGUUCGAAUUACCCAACAAUAAAAUUGAAUU